GGAUCAGACUAUGAGGUUGAAAACGAGGAUGAGGGUUGCGAAGUGAGACGACGUCAUGCGACUUCGAAUUCUUCCAAAGAGUCGCGCCGUGUAGCCAAUUUCAGUAAACUUUUGGGUCUGAAUCGCUCGUCAGACGAGGAGAGUGAGUAUGAGUCUGAAACUGAUGUUACGGUUCCCCUAACACCGCUACUGGAACACGAAGUUCUGGCUGGUCUGCCUACGUGGUUCGAUCGUCUCUUUGAAGGCUCGUUGCGACGUCAUCAUGUCACGGAGUGGCCACGCCAUCUCACCCUCUCCUUGUGA